UUCUAAUAUUUGUGUAUUGUUUUGACUAACCAAAUUGAGUGCAAAAAUAUGAAGGGUAGUUUAUUCAAAACCAACCCCACCUGUUAUCUUAUCCCCUCAAACUGACAAACUUCAUAAAAAAUAUUGAUUUUCCAACAAAAGAGUUUUCAUGGCAAUCAAAAAUAUGUUUCACAUCAUGUAUUCGUCAUCGAGUUCAAUAUUGUUUUCUGCAUAAUGUUAAUGUUGGGCAAUAAAAGAAAACGACUAUUUGGUAUAACGAAAUAAGGAAUAUUUGCAGAUUUUCCUACAACAUAUUGAGUUAAACUGCAUUGAAAAACAAGAAAAUGAAGAUGGCUGACGGUACAAUAUUAAGGAGAAAUAGACCAGGAACAAAGGCGAAGGACUUUUGUAGGUGGCCCGAUGAACCCUUAGAAGAAAUGGAUAGCACACUAGCAGUGCAACAAUAUAUACAACAAUUGAUAAAGAGAGAUCCAUCUAAUGUGGAAUUAAUAUUGACAAUGCCAGAGGCUCAAGAUGAAGGUGUUUGGAAAUACGAACAUCUACGACAAUUUUGCAUGGAACUAAAUGGACUUGCAGUUCGUUUGCAAAAACAGUGCUCACCCACGACAUGUACGCAAAUGACUGCAACCGAUCAAUGGAUAUUUCUGUGUGCCGCGCACAAGACCCCGAAAGAAUGCCCCGCCAUUGAUUAUACGCGGCAUACUUUAGAUGGUGCUGCAUGUCUCUUGAAUAGCAAUAAAUACUUUCCAAGCAGGGUUUCAAUAAAAGAGUCAUCCGUUACUAAACUGGGCUCUGUAUGUCGACGGGUUUAUAGAAUUUUUUCGCAUGCGUAUUUUCAUCAUAGGAGGAUAUUCGAUGAGUUCGAGGCUGAAACAUACCUUUGCCAUCGUUUUACGCAUUUUGUAACUAAAUACAAUCUCAUGUCGAAAGAAAAUUUAAUUGUACCAAUUAAUGAAGAGGAAAAUACAACACCAGGUGAAAGUGAAGCCUAAAUGUUUAUAUUCCAAUCAUGUAAAAGUUAAACAUGUAGACAUGUUCACAGCUAAGUAAUAAAAAAUAGUUUAGAGUAGUAACAUGUACCAUUUAUUAUAAUAUUCAAUUUACAAAAAUGAAAGUUUCACUACAAAUCUAGACCCGAAAAGUUAACUACACAUUAAACAGAUGCAGCGUGUUUUUUCAAACAAAAAAAUAAAAAAAACACUACAAUCUGCAUAGCAUUAAAUGACAAAAAUUAAUUCUGUAAACAGUUUUUGGUAUAUACAUAUAACAAUUUCUAAAAUUAUGAUUCGAAUAUAAGUAUCAUUCAUUUUAGCAUUUAAUACAAAAAUCAAAUACUUUGAUUGUGAAUAAAUUAUGUUACAAAUUAUUAACUUCAUAUAUAUCACAUUAUGUUAGCUUCUUAUUAAAAAUUUGUUUCAAUUUAAAUGUCACGAUUUUUAUAAUUGUGAUUCACCAACUUCCUUUUUCUUAGUAAAUUUUUUGUUCUUUUAUUUACCGGCGAUUAUUCAUUAUAAGAAACGUAUUUAUUAAUAUAUAUAUAUUUAAAUUUUAUAAGCUAAUAAAAUGAUCAACAAAAACUACUGAAACAUGUAAUGAACAAUAAAUACUCGAAAAAACUAUAUAGAAUAAUUUAUAAUUAUUUAAAAAAU